GUCCAUAAAAAAAUUUGAACACAACAAACCAUCUUUCCAGUUCAUUCAUUAUUUAGUACCCAAACAACAAAACAGAGAAUCAAUCAGCUGUGGUUUACCGUGAGUUCUUUAACAGGAGCAGGAGAUUCUUGGCAACCGGCAAUGACUGCUAAUACCACCACCCCAGGAUACUGGUUCAACUGGAGGGUCUUGCUCUGUGCGCUUUGGGUCUUGUUUACAGCAAUUGUUUCCUUGAUUAUGAUAUGGAAAUGUGAAGGUCUCCGUAAACCGAAUCAGGAUGGUGAAGAAACUCAACAAGACACGGAGGGAUCUCUUCAUGAAGAUGAGACCUGGAGGCCAUGUUUAAAAGGGAUUCACCCUGCAUGGUUGAUGGCUUUCAGACUUGUUGCUUUCUUCGUGCUUUUGAUAUUGCUAAUAGUCACCGCUUUUGUAGAUGGAGGCAGCAUUUUCUACUAUUAUACUCAGUGGACUUUCACACUGAUCACCAUUUAUUUUGGGCUGGGAUCGCUGCUCUCCAUACGUGGAUGUUACCAAUACCACAAAAGGGUUAGCGGUGACAAGGUCGACAAUGUAGAGUUAGAUGCAGAGCAAGGGAACCAUGCCGGUGCUGCAUCUGGAGAAACAUCUAUCAAUGCAGGAAAAAUCAUUAGCCCCGAGCCUCCUGAAGGACACCUUGUUCGCCAACGUGCAGGCACUUGGGGUUAUGUCUUUCAAAUAAUUUUCCAGAUGAAUGCAGGUGCUGUUUUGCUGACGGAUUGUGUUUUUUGGUUCAUAAUUGUGCCCUUCCUUGCCAUUAAAGAUUACAAUCUCAGUGUUCUUGCUAUUAAUAUGCAUACCAUCAAUGCUGUUUUCCUGCUUGGUGAUACUGCUUUAAACUGCUUGCGCUUCCCCUGUUUCCGGAUUGCCUACUUCUUCCUAUGGACUGUGAUAUAUGUUAUAUUCCAAUGGCUCGUUCAUGCUUGUGUGAAUAUCUGGUGGCCGUAUCCAUUUCUUGAUUUGUCAUCAUCGUAUGCUCCCUUAUGGUACUUUUUGGUAGCAUUGAUGCAUUUCCCAUGCUAUGGCGCCUUUGCUUUUCUGCUAAAGCUGAAACACCAUGUGUUUUCAAGAUGGUUCCCCGAGUCCUACCAGUGUGUGAGGUAGCUUGAAAUGUUAUGGACACAAUUUGACUAGAACAAGGUUCUGAAGAAAA